AUGUUUCUGGCCGUGUCCAUUGUGUGCGAUGAUUACUUCUUACCUUCUCUAGAGAUCAUCAGCGAAUGCCUUGGCCUCUCUCAGGAUGUUGCUGGAGCAACUUUUAUGGCUGCUGGAAGCUCUGCUCCAGAGCUUGUCACUGCUUUCCUAGGUGUCUUUGUGACAAAGGGAGACAUCGGCGUCAGCACCAUCCUUGGAUCAGCAAUCUAUAAUCUUCUUGGUAUUUCUGCAGCUUGUGGGCUGUUUUCCAGCAUGGUUUCGAGGCUAUCCUGUUGGCCGCUGUUUAGAGACUGUCUGGCAUAUACAAUUAGUGUAGCAGCGGUCGUCACGAUGAUAUCCGACAACAGAAUUUACUGGUAUGAAAGUGCAUCCUUGUUAUUGAUAUAUGGGUGUUAUAUUCUGGUACUAUGUUUUGAUAUUAAAAUCAACCAAUACCUCAUGAAAAAGUUCAGUCCCUGCUGUACAUGUUUUACAAAAGCCAUAGAAGAGAACGCAGAGCAGCAGCCGCUGGUUGGAUGGAGGGAAGAGAGUGGACCUCUAAUACGUCAACAGUCAAGAACAGAUAGUGGAAUUUUUCAAGAGGAGCUGAAUUACUCUCAACUUUCAACAAGCUUACAUGGGCUUGAUGAAAUCUCUGAAGAUCAUCCAAGUGUCUUCACCAUGCCUGAAGCAGAUAUGAAGAGAAUCUUGUGGGUGUUAUCCCUUCCUAUUAUUACACUUCUCUAUUUGACUAUACCAGAUUGCAGAAGACAGUUUUGGAGGAACUGGUUCAUUGUGACAUUUUUAAUUUCAGCAGCAUGGAUUUCUGUAAUAACUUAUGUCCUCGUAUGGAUGGUAACGAUAGCAGGAGAAACACUGGGAAUUCCAGAGUCAGUAAUGGGUCUCACACUACUAGCAGCAGGAACAAGUGUACCAGAUACAGUUGCAAGUGUGCUGGUGGCUCGAAAAGGAAAUGGAGAUAUGGCCAUGUCUAACAUUGUAGGAUCCAACGUAUUCGAUAUGCUCUGUUUGGGAAUACCCUGGUUUAUAAAAACUGCCUUCAUAAAUACAUCAGGACCCAUAGAAGUGAACAGCAAUGGUUUGACAUACACAGCCAUUUCUCUUAUCUGUUCUGUUGGUUUUAUUUUUCUGGCAGUUCACCUGAAUGGCUGGAAAAUAGAUAAAAAAUUGGGAGCAAUUUGUCUUGUACUGUACUUAGUCUUUACUGUAUUGUCAAUUUUAUAUGAACUUGGCAUCAUAGGGAACAAUCCCACAAGGGUCUGUGGUAACUAG